AUCUUGCUACUGCAUGAUUAUUGAAUCAUGUUGCUACUGUUUGUUUUAUUAAUUAUUGGCAUCAAAGCCGGAUAUCCUGUUUAACAAUUUUCAACAUGUACUUCACGAAAAAUUACAUCGAUAGUUCCAAACAUUGUUGACUAUCGCGCACUGCUGACCAAGCCCAUUCCUAAGAAAAUAUUUUUCUGAUUGUGUUAAACACUUUAGUAAUAAAUUUUUUCGGCUACAAGUAAUUUUGCAGUGCAACAAGACGUUCAUUAUGUAAAUUAUUUAAGCUUCGUUCUAAAAUUAACCAGGUUCCAUUCAAAUAAGCAAAAGAAAAGCCACUAAAACACCUGUUAAAGUAAGAUAAACAUCAAAAAACGACGACGAAGCCACUUGUUGGCUGUUUAGUGUAUGUGUACAUGCUUGCAUACAUAUACUCGUACUUACAACCCACCGGCCAGUUCAGCAGUAGAUUUGCUUCCGUGUCAGUGGGAAAAAAUACAUCAUAGGCUCUGAAACGUGAACAAAUUAAUAGGUUGCAAUAUGUCGUUUUUAAAGUCAUAUUUGGCACUAUUGUUUCUACUCAGCGUCGCAGUAUUUGCAAACAAGCAAGGCGACUUCCUUGUUGGUCGGAAUGAGAUGGAGUAUCGCGCAGGAGAGCUAUCCGAAACGGAUUUCUUAAAUUUAGGUCAACUUUCGGAUGUACCGCACUUACGUAAAACCGUUAAAAAUAUACUUAUACCCCGCGUUGUUGGCACUCCUGGACAUGCUUUAGUGCACGAGAAUAUAACAAAGGAAAUGCAAUCACUUAACUGGACUGUUGAGAUUGAUAAAUUUCAUGAGACAGUGCCACUUCUCGGAAAAAUUCAUUUCAAAAAUAUCAUAGCAAGACUUAAUCGAGAUGCAGAGCGCUACUUAGUGCUUGCGUGUCACUACGACAGCAAAUAUUUUGAAGAAUUUGAAUUUCUUGGUGCAACGGAUUCUGCUGUACCAUGCGCAAUGUUACUUAAUUUAGCACAUGUAUUAAAAAAAGAGCUUGAACCCUUUCGGAAAACAAAACUCAGUUUGAUGUUUAUUUUCUUUGAUGGUGAAGAAGCUAUUAAGGAAUGGGGUCCGACUGAUUCAAUUUAUGGUGCACGACAUUUGGCUAAGCGAUGGGAAGAGGAUGGCACAAUAAACUCACUAGAUAUGUUGGUACUUUUGGAUUUAAUUGGUUCAGCUGAUCCUACUUUUUAUAAUUUCUUUGCCAACACGGAGGCAUGGUACUCACGUUUGGUAGAUUUGGAAGAACGUCUUUCAAAUGUAAAUAUGUUGGACCGUUAUAUAAGCAGCGGUGUGUCACGUCAAUAUCCAAAUCGAUAUUUUCAACCAAACACGUUAAGGUCAUCAUUUGUUGAGGAUGAUCACAUACCAUUUUUAAGGCGUAACGUACCUAUAUUGCAUCUGAUAACAAUACCAUUCCCAAGCGUGUGGCAUACGAAAGAUGACAACGAGUCGAUAAUUGAUUACACUGCCACGGAAAAUAUAUCACGCAUUCUUCGCCUAUUUACUAUGGAAUACCUACUUGGCGCAAUUGAGGAUAAUAGAGAUAAACAUACAUAGAAAUAAGCUAAAAAAAUCAAUGGGAAAGUGCAGUGUAGUAUAUUAGUAGCAAUAACCUAUUUGAUAGUGUUUCUAACUGAUCAGCACUAUUAUCUAUUUAAUUAAUUUCCAAAAGUUUAGGGGAAAGACAUAUGUGCAAACAUAUGCACAUACAAUUAUACAUACAUAUGUAGAUGUGUACCUAUAUAUACAUAGCUACUAAAUAAUAACAUACGUACAAACAGCGCGUUUGCGGCCUACGUUAAAUAAUUUGUAUAUAUUGUUAUACAUAUCAGAUGCUUGUUUGUUAUAAAGUAAUUAACUGUAAAAUUGUUUAAAAAUUCACUAUACAUAUUUACAUAUAUGUACAUAUGUAAGCUUAAGAAAGAGCCAAAUG